CUCCAAUUGAACCAUCCCACUGACCUGGAAGUGGAUAUAGCGAGAGAGAGAGGUUUCAGACGAGCCUUGCAGAUCGAGCAUGGAUCAAGAGGAUGAGACUGAUGACUUCCCCGAACUCUUGGAUGUUGAUGAUGAAGCGUGGUGGGACUGGGAUGAAGAAGGAAAUGGCAAAAGCAAAUUACAAGUGCGCUGUCUAUUUUGCGACAGGUUAUUCCAAUCUGCUCAAGAUACGUUUUGUCACUGUACUUCGGAGCAUCAGUUUAAUAUUAACCAAAUUGUUCACAAACAUGGCCUUGAUUGUUAUGGGUACAUCAAGCUGGUCAACUUUAUUAGAAUCACAAAUCCUUCUGCAGAAUUGUUUAUGUCGAUUGAUGGCGAAUGUCCUUGGGAUAAGGAAGAGUAUAUGAAACCAUCGUCCGCAGAUGAUCCAUUACUCCUGUUUGAUGUUGAUGAGAUCUGGGAGGAUCUGGAGGGGCAACCGUGCCCACCAGAGGAAGGUCAAGAUGAAAGAUGCGUCGAAGCUGCCCGCUGCCAUCGCCUUGAGGAAGCAGAGAAGAGGGCUGAGCAAGCUGGAGCUGCUGUAGAAAGGGUGAUGGAAGACCUACAUAAAAUGAGACAAUAUGUGCAGGAUUUCGUGAUAAAUGCAGAUGUCAGGACUGGUACAUCAACCACGAAUGCAAUCGCAGACCUUCGGGAAGACGAGGAAAGUCUGUACUUCAGUUCUUAUGGGCAUUACGGCAUACAUGAAGAGAUGCUGAAGGACAAGGUGAGGACGGAAAGCUACAGAGACUUCAUGUACCACAACCCACACAUCUUCAAAGACAAGGUAGUCUUGGACGUGGGAUGCGGGACUGGAAUCCUGUCCAUGUUUGCAGCGAGAGCUGGAGCCAAGCACGUGAUUGGCGUGGACCAGUCCGAGAUAAUUUACCAGGCCAUGGACAUCGUGAGGGAAAAUGAUCUGGACGGUGUGAUAACGCUGAUUCGAGGAAGGAUUGAGCAUGUGGAUCUUCCCGUUCCCAAGGUGGAUCUUAUUGUUUCCGAGUGGAUGGGUUAUUUCCUGCUGUUUGAAUCCAUGUUGGACUCGGUCAUAUACGCACGGGACAAGUACCUGAAGGAAGAUGGUGCAGUGUACCCCGAUAUCUGCACCAUCAGCCUCGUCGCUGUGGGGGACCGGAAGAAACACGAGGAGCGGGUUGCGUUCUGGGACGACGUGUACGGCUUCAAGAUGUCCUGCAUGAAGAAGGUGGUUCUCCCAGAGGCCGUGGUGGAAGUCCUCGAUCCCGACACCCUCAUUUCGGAGUGCUGCGUUAUCAAGACCAUAGACUGCAAUACUGUCGGAAUGUCAGAUUUGGAUUUCUCCUCGGAGUAUUCACUGAAGAUAACCAAAGAUCAAGAGUGUAUGGCAAUUUCCGGCUACUUUGACGUUUCAUUCGAGAGGAAUUGCAACAGGAAGAUCACGUUCUCCUCGAGCCCAUUGAGCACCACAACUCACUGGAAACAAACCGUGUUUAUUCUGGAGCAUCCUAUCUCAGUAAAGAAAGGUGAUGUCUUACGCGGAAGGAUUACCUGCGGCAAGAAUAGAAAGGACCCACGAUCAUUGAUUAUAACAAUCUUAAUUAACAACACAAAGCAAACCUACAGCCUUCAGUAGAAAUCUGUGUGUCUCUGCUCCCACCAGCUCUGCUUGCUCCUGUUUCGUUUGUUACAACAGAUUUAGUUCUCAACAUGUCCAUGUGAUAGCUGAGCAUCCAUUAGUCACAGGCAAACUCAGUAAAAUCGAAAAGAUUCUGUGAACUUCCACUUAUUUUUGUGAAUAAAGCAAUUGUUUACCUUGA